CGAUCUGAUUCUCUCCACGGACUCUGAGCGCUUCGUGUCUUCACGGUUGUCUGUGUGACGGAUAAACUUUUACAGGACUGGAAACAACGUAUUUGAAUACGAUUGACAGUGAUUAAGGAUGGAGAUUAUUGCUAAUGAGGGACGCGUGAGCUGCUGGAUUAUUGAGCGCGCUGGAUUACGCGCGUCAGGACGCGUCAUACAUCAACGCUUUCACCAUUAGAACAGCUGGAGCUCAACGGGUGCAGCGCUGCAGUCAGUCUUCAGCAUGAGAGCAGCUCUGAACAUCAGUGUCGCUGUGAUCCUGUGGCCGAUCUUCAUGUGUCAUCAUCACACACACAACAAGAGGAAGAUCCGGUCUGAUCCACAGCAGACGAGCUUGUGGAGCUCCUGGGGUUCGUGGGGCGAGUGUUCACGAUCCUGCGGUGGAGGUGUUCAGGAACGGACCAGAGUCUGUCUGCCGCACUACAGCCUUCAGUCUCCGGUCAAUCCCGGUGGACACACGGACUCAAAGCCGUCAACACAAGGCCAGCAGAGAUGGCUGAGUGUCAGCAGACAUGGAUGGAGAAAAGCAAACAGUAGCCGCAUCAGUCCAGGGACGUACGGAUACGGCAGGAUUUCAUACGUAACGCCUCUACAGAAAGAUUCCAGCCGAACAUCCCAGAACAAACAGAGACGAUCGCCAUCAAACUUCCCACACCAGAGUUACAGGACUCAUGGUAGAAACGGCUAUCAAAACAGUCGCUAUCACACAACGGCAGUGCAGGUCAGACCGUACAGCCCGCUGCCGAACGCCUCCUGCCCCGGAGCGCCAAACCAGCACAAGAUCUGCAACACCAUGCCCUGUCCGUCAUUCAGCAGACCAAUCAGAGACGUGCAGUGCUCCUCGUUCAACACACAGCCCUUCAUGGGGAGAUUUUACCAAUGGGAACCUUUUAAUGAUGUUUCCAGUGAGCAGCGCUGUGAGCUCAACUGCCGUGCCAUCGGCUUCCGAUUCUACGUCCGUCAGGCGGACCGAGUCAUUGACGGAACUCCAUGUGGACAGAACCAGACGUCCGUGUGUGUGGCGGGAAAGUGUCAGAGCGCCGGCUGCGACGACCUCUUGGGUUCUGGAAAGGUGCCUGAUAAAUGCGGCGUGUGCGGAGGGGACAACAGCGCAUGUAAGCUCGUCUCGGGCCUGUUUCAACACAGCCUGUCCAAAGUAGGCUACCACAAGAUCGUGGAGAUUCCGCCGGGAGCCACAAAAAUAAACGUCACGGAGAUGGUGAAGAGCAGGAACUAUCUGGCUCUGCUCAGUCGGUCUGGCCGAUCCAUUAUUAAUGGAAACUGGGCCAUCGACCGUCCAGGAAUGUAUGAGGGAGUGGGAACAAUGUUCACGUACCGACGGCCCAAUGAGAUCAGCAGCACCGCCGGAGAGUCGUUCCUGGCAGAGGGACCGACCAAUGAAAUCGUGGAUGUUUAUAUGAUCUUCCAGCAGCCCAAUCCAGGAGUCCAUUAUGAGUUCAUCAUGCCAUCAGAGAACGCUGUCGAUGCUCAGCGUCCUAAAGAGAACCAACUGGACAUAAAUGUUGUGAACGGUCAGACAGAUUCUGAUGCAAACGGCCAGUCGACCCUGGAGAGUCAUGAGGGGUCAGGGGUCAAGCAUCCCCCUCCCAUCCCGGAUAAUCAGCUUCCUACAGCUCCGCCUUCGACCAGAGUCAGAGAGUAUAACUGGAAGCUCAGCGGCAGCACAGACUGCAGCGCCUCCUGUGGCAGAGGUAGCAGGUACUCAGUGUUCGUCUGUGUCCAUCGGGUCACUCACGCGCAGGUGCCGACCGGUCUGUGCGACAGCAGCACCAAACCCAGCGCGCAGGAGGAGCCGUGCAACGUCCAGCCCUGUCCUGCUUUCUGGGACAUCGGCGAGUGGUCCGAGUGCAGUAAGACGUGCGGUUUGGGGGUGCAGCAUCGUCAGGUCCUGUGUCGUCAGGCGUACGCCAACCGCACAUUAAACGUGCACACCAGCCGGUGCCAGCACCUGGAGCGGCCCGAGACCAGCAGCACCUGCCAGCUGAAGAUCUGCAGCGAGUGGCAGAUUCGCUCGGAGUGGAGUCCCUGUUCUGUGCCGUGCGGCGUGGGUCAGAGGUCACGUGAGGUGCACUGUGUCAGUAAUGUUGGUGAUAUCGUGGAAGAUGACGAGUGCAACAUGAAACUCCGUCCCAGCGACUUGGAGAACUGCGACGCGGGUCCGUGUACUAAGAGCUGGUUCUUCAGCGAGUGGAGCGCUCAGUGCUCUGCGGACUGCGGCAUGGGUGUGCGGACGCGCGGCGUUCUGUGUCUCACCAAUCACAUCAGCAGUCUGCCUCUGGAGGGCUGCGGGUCCGAGCGGCCGGCUGAGGCUCAGCCCUGCAACAACGGCCCCUGUGAGAGCCGCACCGAGUGGUUCACCGGCCCCUGGAGUCAGUGCUCGGCGGAGUGCGGCACCGGCAGCCAGCAGAGGGCAGUAGUGUGUCUGAUGAGGUCUGAUGAGGGUUUUGCGGUGAUGCCGGCGUACGAGUGCUCGUCUCUGGACCGACCGCUCAGCCAGCAGAGCUGCUUCAUCAAGGCCUGCGGAGCAAAGUGGUUCCACACGGACUGGAGCACGUGCUCGAAGACGUGUGAGGCCGGUUACCGCGUGCGAGAGGUGCGCUGUCUCUCUGAUGAUCACAUGACCACCAGCGACCGCUGUGAGGAAACGCUGAAGCCGCACGAGAGGGAGGAGUGUAACCCUGAGCCCUGCCUCCCUCUGAUUGAUGAAAAGUGUCGUGAUAAAUACUUCAACUGUAACGUGGUGGUCCAGGCGCGUCUCUGCGUGUACGACUACUAUCAGACGGCGUGUUGCGUGUCCUGCAGGCGUGUGGCGCACCGGAGCUCCGGACGCUGGAGACGCCGAUCCUGAGGACAUCUAAACCAGAACGAGGGAGAAACAGACUGACCGCUCGUCACUAAUUCUGUCUGGAUGGGAAAUGCAUCUGUGGCCUCGUCGUGGUUCUUCAGCUGGAGCCAAACACACAUGUGGCAUAAACAGACCAUCUGAAACUCUAAAGACGCUCGACAGGAUCAAAUCAGGUGUGUCAGUGUCACGAUCUGUAUGAACCACGGAGAUCAGUGAGUACACUGAACAUGAGAACGAGACGAGUGAGAUUCUCCAGCACCAACACUGUAUUAGUUCUGUUCACACUGCGUCUGUUUAAUGUGAAUUCAGUUGUAACCUCCUGAAUCAUUCAGUGUUUGUCGCUGAACUGCGUGAAUGAAGCGCUGUAUCUCACUGCAGUGUGAACGUGUUCAGCUCACUGUAAAACUGGAACACAGGGAACGUUCUCUCAACGUUAUGAACAAACAUUUUCCAGUAACGUUAAUAGAGCGUUCGUUCAAAGUUAUCUAGUCUUUAAUAAUGUUCUCAAAACGUUAGCACAAAAACAUUAGUUAUACAUCGUUCAUGGAACGUUUUAUUUGGAUAUUCUGUAACAUUUUCAAAUGUUACUUGUUUCAGAACAUUCAAAUGUAACGUUCCAAUAAUGGAAUAUUCACGUAACAUUAGAAUAACCAAUUUUAAAAAAACUGGACGUCAGAGAACAUUCAAAAAUAAUGUUUUCGUAACUUGACGGGAACGUUACAAAAACGUUCUUAGAACAUAUUAUGGUUAUCUGGGAUAAUGGUUUCUUUGGCCUGUUAACGAUGUACAAUGAGUGUUAAUAACCUAAAAAUAAUGUAUUUACAAAAUAUGAUUCACAAAUGUAUAAGCUAAUUCACAUUCACAAACAAAGUUUAUAUAUUUGCAAACUGAAAUCAAUCAAUCUCAUUCAUGUUCACAAUAAGAUUCAGAAAUUUGUUUACACACUUCAUAUCGUCACAUCAUGAUGGAUUUGUGUCUGUUUUGAAACUUUCCUGUCAGUUUUUUUUUUAAACAGAUUUUCUCUUUAGCCAAUCAGAUGUGGGUUUUUCAUCCAUCCAGCCAAUCAUAAUACGCCUUUGCUCAGUGCUUUGAGUCAAGAAGCAAAAUGUGCUUUGAUUAAUUUUGAGACUAUUUUAUCUCCAUAAUAACGACACGAGUGAAAAGAGUCAUGAUCACAGACAGUCACAUGUAAGUCAUAUAUUUUUAUUGUACUCAUGUGUAUUUAUAUUCUGAACACAUUCAGUUUUUGUAGUUUUGAAACAGAUUUGUGGACAUCUUCAUACUCAUUCAGAUCCGUUGAGCUGUAUCUUUUUACUCUUUAUAAAGUGAUUAAAGUCUAAAGUUGAAUUCUGA